CAGAGUCAUCAGCAGGAAGAGGAGGCAGGUCCCUAACCCUAACCCUUCUGUUUGGAGUGAUGAACUCAACAGACAGCAUGUCUCUUUCUUUUUAUCCGAUAUGUUUAUGGACUACUCCUGGGACUUCGUGCUUAGCUUCACAUUUUCACUUUGGACUUUUACUGUACUCUUUCUUCAGUAACGUUAUAGUGGUCAGCACGGCCGGUGAAGAUCGGCCUCGGGUGAUCGGGUCACUUCAGCCAAUCGUGGCCCGUCUGGGUGGUGAUGUCAUCCUGCCGUGUCACGUGGAGCCUUGUCUGGACGUGGAGGAGCUUACAGUGGAUUGGUGGAGGCCGGACGUCCCGCCGGACCCUGAAGAUCCACAGAGCAACUACAGGUAUGUCCACCGUUACCAUGACAAACACCACGAGGAGGACAUGAAGAAGCCGGCGUACGCUGGGAGGACGGAGCUGUUCACAGACGGCCUGAAACACGGAAACAUUUCUCUAAAGAUCAGCAACGUGAAGCAGUCUGACCAAGGAAGAUACAGAUGCCAAAUCCACCAGUUGGGGAGUUCUUCAGUUAUUAUGCUUAAUGUUGAACCACGCUCUGUUGAAACGACAGAGACGCCGCUGCCUCCCCAUAAUCUCCAAAGUCCAGGUCCAAACAAUGAGACGGAUGUUAAAGGUGGUCGACUCUAUCUGAGCGCACAGAUCCCGGGUCUGGCUGCCUGCGUCUUACUGAUCCUGGGUCUGGCUGUCUGCGUCUUACUGAUCCUGGCUGUGUUACUUAAACAAAGGUAUCGAAACACAACCACAACCAGCAGGCCACACCAAUCAGAGUCCGGGGGAAAUCUACUGGCUGUUAAGACCCAGGUGUGUGACGGCUGCGACUGUUCGUUCAAAACAACAAAGGCGGACGGUAAUAAACUGAUGGUUCAUCCAAUCACCUGCCAGGUGCCCUGCACUAGUCCAAACUGUUACAAUGACGGCUUCUCAGACGGUUUGGUGUAAUAAACCAUCUGGCUUGUCAGUUGUGUUCCAAAGCCUGGUCAGCACGGUGCAGGUUUGGGUGUGAGGGCCUGUUGGCACAAACGUGGCUGUGUCCAGCAGUAGAGAGACAUUUUAUAACUUUGAUUGUUAAGUUGAUUUUCUUACUGACGUCUUUUUGAACACUGUCCUCUGACUUUCCAGUCACUCCAGUUAUGAGAGUUGACAAAAUGGCGGCGCUGGGGAGGAUGAUGCGGCUGAGCCAGUGUUGUAGUGAAUGUUCAACAGUGCUGCGCUAAGUGGGAAAGUCGCAGACUGGCAUACUUGCCUUAAGUUACCAGUUAACGCUAGCUAGCUAUCUUGGUUGGCAGAUUGCUGAACAAGAAAUUUUUAGGCGAACAAAUGUUCCAUUUAAUUUUGAAGUGAAAACACACAGUGAGAAGGUCAAAGUUUAAA